AAUACCUGCUCUAUCUGCUGAAUUUCCUGCUUGCUGUUUCCACUCGAAGCGAUGGCAGAAGUGAGAGCUUCCCUGGUUUGUGGAGUUAUAGCGGCGUUCCUCAGUUCAGCAGUGCUUGCAUUUGUUGAGGAUCUAGAUGACACAUUUAAAGAGACUAGAGUGAACGACAUCUGGCUGGUUGAUUUCUAUGCACCGUGGUGUGGUUACUGUAAAAAGCUAGAGCCAGUAUGGCACGAUGUGGGCAUGGAGCUGAAAAGUUCGGGGUCGCCAGUGCGUGUGGGAAAGAUGGACGCCACUGCUUACUCCGGAAUGGCGUCAGAGUUUGGUGUCCGUGGUUACCCCACGAUAAAACUAUUAAAGGGCGACCUUGCCUACAACUACAAGGGACCAAGGACAAAAGAUGACAUUGUGGAGUUCACAAACAGAGUGUCGGGACCUGCCGUCCGCGCUCUUCCCAGCAAGCAGAUGUUUGAGCACAUGAUGAAACGACACGAUGUGCUUUUUGUGUACGUCGGUGCCGACUCGCCCCUGAAAGAGAAAUACCACGAUGUCGCCUCUGAGCUCAUCAUCUACACUUACUUCUUCUCCGCUUCAGAGGAAGUCUUGCCCGAGUCACUCGCUUUACCAGAACUUCCUGCAGUCGUAGUCUUUAAGGACGGAGGCCACUUCGCCUAUGAUGAGUAUGAGGAUGGUAGUUUGUCAUCAUGGGUGAACAAGGAGCGUUUCCAAGGCUACCUGCAGAUCGAUGGCUUUACGUUGUACGAGCUCGGAGAAACAGGCAAAUUGGUAGCGAUUGCCAUCAUCGAUGAGAAGGACCCCACUGAGGAGAGUAGCAGAUUAAAGAGCUUGAUACAGAGGGUGGCAAAGGAGUACAGGGAACAUUUUAACAGAGACUUCCAGUUUGGCCACAUGGACGGGAAUGACUACAUUAACAGCCUCAUUAUGGGAGAGGUGACCGUGCCCUCCGUUAUCAUCCUCAACACAUCCAACGAACAGUACUUCCUGCCCAGUGAGCCGACUGAGAGCAUGGAGCAGCUGGUCCAGUUCAUCAACAGCGUUCUGAACGGUUCUGCACAGGCUCAUGGAGGUGAUGGCUUCAUUCAGAGGAUCAAACGUGUGGUCUUUGAUGGCAAAUCCACCAUUAUGUCAGUGUUUCGCAGCUCUCCACUGCUGGGCUGCUUCCUGUUCGGGCUACCGCUGGGUGUGAUCAGCCUGAUGUGCUACGGCAUCUGCACAGCCGAGUCGGACGACGGCUCGGAGGACAUCAAGAGGGAGGGUCUGACCGACGAAGAGGAGGAGGAAGAGGAGGAGGAGGAGGAGGAGAGGCGCCGCACCGCUGAGCUGGAGGGCCGCGAAGAAGGGGAGAACGAAGAAGAGGAGGAGGAGGACGAUGAGGAAGAGGAGGAGGAGGAGGAUGAUUUAGGAGAGAAGGAUCCUGGAGAGAAGAAAACAGAUUAACACAGGGGCUCCUGCUGGAUAGGGCAUGACAGGUCUAGUCAAAUGCAGUGAAAUGAAACUCAGAGACAUAUCGAUGUAUUACUCCUCUGCUUCUUUGUUUUUCAUCUCACUCCUCAUCAAAGCCCCUUAAGCACAGACUUGAGGUCAGUGUGUAAGGUCAGCUGCUCAGUGAAGCCAGCGAAUCACAUCUACUCUUUAAUGACAGAAAAGAGAUCCAAAUAAGUUGAUAAAUAAUACAAAAAGAUAGAAACCUCACAGUGGACACAGGAUUAGAAACAUUAAGGCAAAAUGUAUGACAUGUAAGAUAAAACAAAGCAGCAGAAGCUAAGAGCAGGAAAUAAAUGUAAAUAUAAAGUGUGUGUGUUUUCGAGAAGCGACUUGAAGUGGCGAGCCUGCUCAAGUUCUUCUGGCAUGGCAUCCCAAAGUCAAGGAGCCUGAGCAGCAAAUGCUCUGUCACUUGUGGCUGAACUCAGGACGACUGUGAAUCAAAAAAAAACCUACUCAUUUAUUAUGAUUCGACCGAUCGGUCUGUUUCAUACGACGUGUGACACUUCCUUAUUCUAACUUACUAUAUCCUUCAGUCGUAGAAAGACAAAGAAUAAUAUUGCCUUCAAACUGAAUUGAAAACGCAGCAACAUUUUCGCUAUCAAUACCCAACUGCGAGCCAAAGUGUAGGCUUAUCGUGUUUAGUGAUUGAUUUGUAUACAUAGCAUAGAAAGUGCCCAAGAAGGAAAAUCUGCCAUAAAUGAGUCAUGCUUUUUCUAUGUUAUUGCCUGUAAAUAUUUCCUUUUUUCUUUUGUCAUUUUUCUAACCACCUGUUGUUGUCCAUUUAUGUAAGCAUUUGAUGGAAAAGAAAAAAAAAAAGCUGAAAUGAUAAUUGGUGUCGGUCUCGUCUGAUAUCAGCCGGUUUACACCCCAGUGUAGGUGAGUUGUGCGUGAAUGGCAGACUCGUAUAACAUGCAUCAGUAGCUCCUGGGUCUCUUAACAACUCAUAUUCCUCAGAUAGAGUGGUUGUGUCUGUUUCUAUAUUUCAGUCUGUCCCCAUCACUGGUUUUUAUAUUGAAUUCUGUUGGCAGUUGAAGUUUCCAUCCCGAGACACUGAUACUUCAACCGAGUUUUUCCCCCAUUCGUGUUAAAAUAGACUAUUUCAGUAGUACCCCAAAUCCUUCCCUGUCCCAUUUUCAUACUCUGUGACUAACGUUUAAGUAAUAGCUGAAAUUGAGUUAGAGUUAUAGCUUUUUUUCCUGAAUUCACAUGGUCGCCUAUUUUGAAAAAAAAAAAGUAGAAAUAUUGGUACUUUUACAACAAAUCCAAAACCAUUGUCAUGGGGGAAAAAUGCACAGUCAAGAGCACCUUGUUGGGAUUUGGGGUCCAGUGACGCUUCAUCAGCAGCAGUGGCAAAUUAAAGCACCUAUAAACAUGUUUUAUUAUCUACUGUAUAGAAUUAAAUACAUGUGGGGAAAGAAGGAAUAAAAAUUAAAUAAAAAGGUAAUAUAACCCUUAACACUGAAGUGUGAUUUUCAGAUUUGGUGCAUGUACUUGACACCUAUCUCCUCCAAACAAUGAGACGAGCACUGUCGAAACACACUGUACAAAGCCUCUUUUCUGUUUCAAUAACCACUCUAUUAACAUAUUACAAUCCACGGGCUCAGUAAUUACUUUGAAGUGUUAGUUUAACAUGUCGGUAAAUAUGCUUACUCAUCCUUCCUGUCGAAAAAAGCCAAUUAACCUAGCGCUAGCAACUGUUUAGCUUAGCUGAGCGUUAAGACCGAAAAACGGGGGGAAUAAAGGGGAAUUAAAUCUGCCUCUAAACCCGCUUUAAAGCUCCGGAAAACAAGCUAAUCUCCAUUUAUGAAUAUAUUAAUUAGGGAGUGUUAGAGGUUCUGUUUUCUGUGAGCUAAGCUACACAGCAGCUAGCUCCAGUUUCAUAUUUACAGGCAUGAGUGGUGUUGAUCUUCUAAUGUCGAACUCUCUCUUUAAAUCCAUGCAGUGUGUUUGCUCAUCAUCCUUUUCUAAAUGUGACGUCAUAUUUAUUGUACAGAGAGCGCAGCCUGUUUUGUAAAGUUUGAAAUGAGAAAAGAGGAUUGGAGGGGAGGGGAUGGAAAAAGGAUUCUUCUCUCAAGGCGACGGUGAUUUUAUGCUGAUGAAUGAGCGCGAAUGUUCGUCCUUCACCUUGGGAACAGGAAUUGAAAAGAGUAAUCUUAAAUCAAAGUCCAAUUCUCUCCUCCACAGGCUUUCAAACUGCAUUUCAAUUCUUCAAAGAUGAACAAAGUGGACCAUGUAUUGAGAAACAUUCACUUAAAGUGAAUGCUUUGAGGUGUUAAUCCAGGGCUGGGGAACUGUUUUCUUCUCUCGGACCAUGUUUCACUUUGCACAACAUGCUUAACAAUGGCUUGAACUUCUGAUGUCAGAUGGCUGUGGUGAUGAAUUCACGUCCUCUUCUAAAUGAGAUUUCAGCUGCUUAUACUUAUAACUCUCCGUGUUGCUUUGAUUUAUCCUUGCAGCUCAUCCAGUUCUGCUCCAUGUUUAUUUUUAAAACUAUAACAAUGCUCGUGGUUGGCCUUUUCAGGAGGAGGACCUCGCCCCUGCAAACUAGACACACUGGCUCCUCUUUAAUUUACAAUUAAAAUUGUCAUCUUCAGUAUAAUAGUCGAUAUGAUGCUUGUUAGCGAUAACCUUCACCCAUUUUUCUCAGAAAAGAAAAGUGCUAUUUUGCAAGUUGGAUCAAAUGAUCUUGCGAGCGACAGGAUCUAUAGAACUCUCCCCACUCCUGCCCCCUAACCUUAACCCUGUUACAACUGUUUCCAAAAAAGUGCAGCUGAGUAAUAAGAAUGCUUGCGGUUUUGUUUUUUUUCCUUUUUGGUUUUGCUCAUUUCACUGUGCUUUUGCAGCUCGGUAAAUGUGAACCUAAGCACACCUGUUGUUUUGAAUCAUACAGAGGAUUUUUCUGUAUCAUUAUUAUUAUUAUUAUUAUUACUGUGAAACUGCACUGAACUUGCCCCCCGUCUUGACUCCCGGUCUCCGUGUUUGCCUGCCAUUCUCUGUCAAACUUCCUCGUUGGGUUUGAAUUUGAGAGUGCCACACUUUAUUACAGGUUUGGAAGAUUGAAAUAAAGAUUUUACUCUUU